AUCUUCGCCGUUCACCACAACCACCAUGCAGAACCUCGGGCGAUACAUUAUCCCCCUCGCGCUCGGCGCUGCCGUCGUCGACUCGGCCCUGUACGAUGUGCCGGGCGGCUUCCGUGCCGUCAUGUUCGACCGGUUCACCGGUGUCAAGCCGACGUCAACGGGCGAGGGCACACACCUGCUCAUUCCCGGACUGCAGCGCGCGAUUCUCUACGACUGCCGCAUCAAGCCGAGAAACAUCUCAACCACCACCGGCUCCAAGGACAUGCAGAUGGUUUCGCUCACCCUGCGUGUUAUGUCCCGCCCGGACAUCACGGCUCUGCCGCUCAUCUACCAGAACCUGGGACUCGACUACGACGAGCGUGUCCUGCCCUCGAUUGGUAACGAGGUGCUGAAGGCGACUGUCGCGCAGUUCGACGCAUCCGAGCUCAUCACCAACCGUGAGAUCGUGUCGGCGCGUAUCCGCGACGACCUCCUCAACCGUGCCAAGGAGUUCCACAUCCAGCUCGAGGACGUCUCGAUUACCCACAUGACCUUCGGCAAGGAGUUCACCACCGCCGUCGAGCAGAAGCAGAUUGCGCAGCAGGACGCCGAGCGCGCCAAGUUCGUCGUCGAGAAGGCCGAGCAGGAGCGCCAGGCCUCGGUCAUCCGCGCCGAGGGUGAGGCCGAAGCUGCCUCGACCAUCUCCGCCGCACUGAGCAAGGCCGGCGACGCGUUUGUGCAAUUCAAGAAGAUUGAAACCGCGCGCGACAUCGCCCAGUCGCUCUCGCAGAACCGCAACGUUGCGUAUGUUCCUGCACAGAACGGCAACCUCCUGCUCCAGGUGCCGCCGCAGCCGCCCGUAGUGUAGAGUCAGCAGCAUGUAUAAGCAUCACCUUUCG